CUUAUCCAACUUCUAUGUCACAACCACAAACAGUCGGUGACCCUAUCUCCAACUUGUGCCUCUCUCGUUUCAUCAAGCUUCACCACAACAUCCAGUAACGGAACAAGUCGAUAGAUAUGGCCUUUAAGCUUAUCACUUCAACUCUACGCAUCUAUGAUACCCGUAGCCAUUGCCUCAUCUCCAUCGCUGUUGCCAUUGCCUCUAUGAUACCCGAAUCAUUCGAAGAUGAAAAUGGAAUUUCCAUGAAAGGAGAGAAAAUUUUAGGUCGUUCACUCUACCUCGACAUGCAAUCAACCACUCCGGUUGAUCCCCGUGUACUUGACACGAUGUUUCCCUUUUACCUCUCCCGUUAGGGUAACGCCCACAAUUACUGUUGGGAAUCAGAUUUCGCUGUUGAAACGACCCGCUCUCAAAUCUUUGAUCUUAUCGGUGCUUCUCUAAAAGAAAUAAUCUUUACAUUUGACACAACCGAGUCUAACAAUAUUUCAAUCAAAGGUGUCAUGCACUUUUGCAAGAACAAGAAGUGACACAUCAUAACGAGACAGACUGAGCACAAGUGUGUUCUCGAUUCGUGUUGACAUCUUCAGCAGCAAGGAUAUGAAAUUACUUAUUUGCCCAUUGGGUCGGAUGGGUUGGUUAAUUUGGAUGAAUUACGGGCAACUGUUCGACCUGACGCUGAUUUAAUUUCUGACAUGUCGGUUAAUAAUGAGAUAGGUGUGAUUCAGCCCAUGGAUGAAAUUGGUCAAAUAUGUAAAGAAUUUAAAAUUCUUCACACAGAUGCUGCUCAAGCCUUGGGGAAGAGUCCAAUUGAUGUGGAGAAAUGGAAUGUUAGUUUGAUGUCAUUGAGUGGGCAUAAAAUUUACGGGCCCAAAGGGAUUAGAGCAUUGUAUUUGAGGCGUAGACAACGAAUUCGAGUUGAAUCAUUGAUAAAUGGAGGUGGACAAGAGAGAGGGAUUAGGAGUGGGACUUUGCCUACCCCGUUAAUUAUGGGGUUUGGUGCUUGCAAGAUUGUGAAGAAGGAAAUGGAUUAUGAUCAUAAGAGAAUAACCGCGUUGCAAGGUUGAUUGUUGAAUGGAAUUACAGAUAAAAUUGACGGGGUGGUGAUAAACGGUAGUAUGGAGAGGAGAUAUGUUGGGAAUUUGAAUCUAUCGUUUGCUUAUAUUGAGGGAGAGAGUUUGUUGAUGGGUCUAAAGGAGGUGGCGAUGUUGAGUGGGAGUGCUUGUACUAGUGCGAGUUUAGAGCCUUCUUAUGUAUUGAGGGCGUUGGGAGUGGAUGAGGAUAUGGCUCAUACUUCUAUUAGGUUUGGGAUUUGGAGGUUUACCACAGAGACUGAGGUUGACAGGGCUGUUUAGCUUUCUAUUAAACAGGUUGAGAAGCCGAGGGAAAUGAGCCCGCUUUAUGAGAUGAUGAAAGAAGGGAUUGACAUAAAGCAGACACAUCAGGACUCAAUAUUGAGACAGUUUGGCGUGUUGGAUUGUAUGUCAAAUUGAGGUGAACAACCCCCUACUCUGGGUUAAUCCAAGUUUCAUUUUUCUUGUCCUUGUAGAACUAUCAUAAGGUUCUAUUAUAUAAUCUUGACAGUAGAAGUAUCUUUGAAAUUUGGUUGGUCUAAAAGUACUGCUUUUCAAUGGUAUUUUGAUGGUUUUAACA